UCCACCGUGACUUCGGCGGUCUGGUUGGGUUUUUUAUUAUUUUCAAAUUUCUGAAUCCAGCUUGAGCGAGAGAACGAGAAAUCUCCGUAGACUGCGACUCGCUGGCUCUCGCUCGGAGAUGAUGCAGAGCGCAGCUGUCCCCGCGGAGGGGGCUGUCAAGGGGCUCCCGGAGAUGCUUGGUGUGCCGAUGCAACAGAUCCCCCAGUGUGCUGGCUGCAACCAGCAUAUCCUGGACAAGUUCAUCCUGAAGGUCCUGGACAGACACUGGCACAGCUCCUGCCUCAAGUGUGCAGACUGCCAGAUGCAGCUAGCUGACAGGUGCUUCUCCAGGGCCGGGAGCGUCUACUGCAAGGAGGACUUCUUCAAGCGCUUCGGCACAAAAUGCACGGCCUGCCAGCAGGGCAUCCCCCCGACCCAGGUGGUCAGGAAGGCGCAGGACUUCGUCUACCACCUGCACUGCUUCGCCUGCAUCAUCUGUAACCGGCAGCUGGCCACGGGGGACGAGUUCUACCUCAUGGAGGACGGACGGCUGGUGUGCAAGGAGGACUACGAGACGGCCAAGCAGAACGAUGACUCAGAGGCCGGAGCUAAGCGACCCCGGACCACCAUCACGGCGAAGCAGCUGGAGACAUUGAAGAACGCCUACAAGAACUCCCCUAAGCCCGCCAGGCACGUGAGGGAGCAGCUGUCCUCGGAGACAGGCCUGGACAUGAGGGUCGUACAGGUUUGGUUUCAGAACAGAAGGGCCAAGGAAAAGCGGCUGAAGAAGGACGCGGGGCGGCACCGCUGGGGGCAGUUCUAUAAGAGCGUCAAGAGGAGCCGGGGAAGCAGCAAACAGGAGAAGGAGAGCUCGGCAGAGGACUGUGGGGUUAGUGACAGUGAGCUGAGCUUCCGAGAGGAUCAAAUUCUCUCAGAACUUGGCCACACCAAUAGGAUUUAUGGCAACGUGGGGGACGUUACAGGCGGACAGUUAAUGAAUGGGAGCUUCUCCAUGGAUGGGACAGGACAAUCCUAUCAGGACUUGAGGGAUGGGAGCCCCUAUGGAAUCCCCCAGUCUCCAUCCUCCAUCUCGUCCCUGCCAUCCCACGCUCCUUUGCUCAAUGGGCUGGAUUACACGGUGGACAGUAAUUUGGGCCUCAUUGCGCAUGCAGGGCAGGGAGUAAGCCAGACGCUGAGAGCCAUGGCUGGGGGACCCACCUCUGACAUCUCCACAGGAAGCAGUGUAGGCUAUCCCGACUUUCCAACUAGCCCAGCCUCUUGGCUCGAUGAAAUGGAUCAUCCUCCUUUUUAAGCACCUCUCCUCCCCACCCUACCCGUCCUCUGGCUUGACAGAAUAUCUUCAAGGAUCUAAAGAGACUUGCCUUUUAAGGAUCAAAAGCGCGCCAAUGUGAAUUUCCAUUAUUUUCAAUGGAAGUCCUCUGCCGAUCCCGGGGAGGUCGCGGGACCCCACUAGGGCUUGUUUUCCUGGGAAGUGGUGGGAGAGCAGCCUCGUCUCAGAACACAGCACAGGGGCACAGAGCCCAGAGCGCUAGGGUGCUGGCUUGUUGGCUCCUCCCCCGCCCUGCUUACAGGCUUUGGCUGCACAGUGCUUGGUUGAUGGCAUGACUGUGUCAGGCCACCUUGCUCUUUGGGAACUCUGCUCCAACCGGAGUGUCUCAUCAUGCCCCCCCGAACCACUGCUGUCACCAGAACCGAGAUUUCUGAGGUAGAGGCAUCACGGCCCUUGAGUAUUGAUAAAAGUGAUUUCUGGACCACCUUUAUUGAACCCUAAUUUUCAAAAUAAAAAGUCACUUAUUAAAGGUCCGUGGAAAACUUUGAUGGCCAGAGUUCGAUGUUGAAAACAUGCUCCCUCCUACUUUUUUUUUGCUGUGAAAAAUAUGACUUCUUCCCUACCCAGAAAUACAUGCCGGAGACCAUUUGGUCAGUUUUGGUUUUUACGAAAUCCCAUCUAUAUCACUGAAUCCCUGACGGCAAGAAGUGCUUUUCAUUGCAGGUGACUCUGAGGCUGGAGCUGAGUGGCCCUGGACCAUCACAGCGACUGCAUGACAAGUCCCCCUGGUACACAAUGUGCCUUUUUAAUUUGCCUGUAUUAUUUAUUCCACAAGACAGGCUGUGGGUUCCAAAAUGAUCAAAGCUAAAAUAUGGAGAGAACAGAACGACAAUCAGUGAAAACAUUUGUAGACGUUUGGAUUCCAAAUAUGCGGUCUGUUUAGCCAAGUCAGCAGAUGCCAGUCUCCCAGAGUUCUCAUCCGGUAGGGCGAAAUGACAUUGUGUCUGUUUUGAGGGACUUGGUUUAGAUGAGCUUGUAACUCCACCCGCCCCCGCUCACCUGCAGCCAACCCUCCUCAGCCCUUUA